AUGAGUGACGAGGGAGAGCUUCGUACUGAGAUAGAGACGAAGCUAAAGCUACAAAGCUCGCCAUCGAACACUAAAUGGCAAGAUAUAACGCAAUUAAUGAGUGCAGCAGCAAAAGAGCUAAAAGUAGGACAAUUGAUGCAUGAAAAUGAUUUCAAGCUCUUUGAUUCCAUGUCAGCACUAGAGCUUAUGGACCCUAAGAUGGACUCUGGGAUGCUGGUCAAUGGAGCACCUCCACAGUCAAUUGCAGCUCGAUUGGAAAGUGGUUCUGUGACGUUAGAGUUUUUAUCAGCUCGUAACGUGCUCGCUACACUGGAUAAACUAUUUUGCUGCGAGAUAGGAUGGCUGAAUGGACUACCAUUAGCACAGUCGCUACUUACAAGUGUGUAUUUGCACAGAGACCCACUGAAUGCUCUGUUAGCGCAGCUUGUAACUCCGUUGGAGAGUUUAGUGGCACAUGACGCGGAUGUGCGGAAAAUUUUGAAGGAAAAUGUCGGCAACGCCGCGAAGGAUUCGCUACUGCUUGUCAUGUGUACUGUACUUUUGGCUACGUUGAAGACUGCCGAUCUUAUCCGUGAUGCUGUGUUGCGAGCCGAUAUUUAUGAGGAGGAAGAUUUUUCACCCGGAAAUGGUUUUGAUGCUGGCGUUCUUGCACCAAUCUCUGUUCAAACUUUGGACGUGAUGCUCCAGGUGACACAGGAACGACUGGAGAUGCUGCUUGCGCAACAUAAGACUGCUUUGUCAAAGAAAUCGUCAAAGAAAAAGCUCAGCAAAAAGGCAAAUGGUGCAGGUUUGAGCAGUAUCGAAACUACCAGCGUGCUUGGCUAUGAAUUGCUGGAUCUUAACGUCCGAGUCGGCACCUUGAUUUGCGAAGCACUUAUUCGACGCAUUCGGCUGCGAAGAGAGCUGCUUGCUACUUACGCGGGUAUAGGCUUAGCAGAGCGAGCAUUGGAUUUAGAGCACGCUAGGGAAGGCUUUUGUCGUGCGUACGAGUUGGUUGAUGGCAUAUCUACCGAGCGGCUUGAGCUAGACCCGGAGUGUUUUAGCGGGAAAUCCAUUGGCUUUGACCCAAGUAUUAGCCGCUUGCUUCUGUCUGGAUCACCACCGCGUGAUGUAAAAGUGCCAUCGCUUGACGAGACGUUGAAGCGAAUGAAAAAGGUGCUGGAAGAAAUGAUGAUCGGCUGCUCUCCUCCGGAAUGGAAGUGCAUGGAAGACCUCCGCAUUUUCUUGAUUGAGUUUUCUAGGCAACAACCUACAAUUGUUGUGCGUUCUUAUGUAUUGCUCUUUCUGUACGCUGACAAUAAAAUAUACGCCAGAUACAACUUUAUGGAUUGGCUAUCGGCAACAAUGGUGAUGAAUGGGGUACCUUCUGUGCUGCUGUCGACGCAAGAGGGUGUGCUUUACUCAUCCCGGUGCAUUGAAACCGUGUACGAGUCGCUCAAGGUGUUUUUGCACAACCGGUCGCGACAGCGUGCCCGAAUCGAACAUUUAUUGGAUGAGUGGGGCAUACUUCAGGUGGAAGCUAGUGCUGUCGAUGAGAGGUUUACCGCUGAAAUGAGCAUCCCGAAAGCUGCAUACCCACGAUACUUUACGGCCUGGUCUCUUGAGGAAUCUGUGCAAUUGAUGAUCCAAUACGUGAUGCUGGGGUUAGAGCUGGAACUUUACGCACCUUCAGAGCUUGGAACAGUUUAUUGGUAUCUCGAUUACUUGGCAGGCUCACGUCUCCAAAAUUUGAAUGUCACGUGGACAUUUGUACAGAAGAUGAAUGAAAUUAUGCCUCAACGCCAUGGACCACAUGCGAUGGAGAAGGCCAAGGAGGAGACGGUGAUGCCUACACCACCAGCAGUAGCCGUCACUGUAAGUAAACCAUCAAAGAAAUCGAAAACAAAGCAGAAGAAACACCACAAUGGUGCUGCCAUGGCUAUCUCCAAAUCUCCGGAUUCCACAGACAGGUCUGUUGACCCCACGAAGGCACGAUUUCUCCGUGAGAUCAAGUACACUGAGCUAUUGCGUAGUCUGAUGCGUGCGUACUUUCAGCUAUUCAACGCUCUCGAACGUGAAGGGCUGGUAGAGGUGAAGUCUCCCAUGUACAGCACAUUUACGAUUCGAUUCCAGCAUCGCUUUGCAGCAUUCCAGAAACUCCAUUACCCUGCUGCGCUCACAUACGAGGACUUUACUCAGAAUAGCGACUUUUCUCCGUAUGACCUGGAGCUUAUUUACAAGUCGGCCGAAGAAUGCUUCAAGACAGCUCGUGCACAUGCAGAGAUGUUACUAAGCGACACAGACGGAGUCAACACUAUUGGUACGACAAAUGGUACGGGACUUGUCCGCGGUGUUGAACUGCAGUUGCUGCUUAAGGUAUCAAUCUCCAAUUGUGUUCGUCUUGCUCAACGCAGUCAGAAUGGAGGAGGUAGUAAGUUGAAGAAAUCCUUGCAAGAGACCAAGAUACAGAUGGCGUUUGAUUUUUCCAUCCAUCCCCAUUUUCCAGUCGUGGUGUUUCUUCCAUCGCGUUAG